GCGAAAUAAUUGUAUUGUGGCGAUAGCAAAUGUCAGAGUUGCGCAGAGGCUUGAGAGACAUGUGAAGAAAUCAGAAAACGUUAAAUGAAUAAAUCAUUCACAUUGUGCAAAUUUUCGCCUUUAAGAACACCAACAGACAAAAAGUUAAAAGGUAGGCAAAGUGACACAGAUUCAAACUGUUCCAAUGUGACAGACGAUAUAAAGAAUAUUGCCAAGGCAGUUUCAGCUCGCUUCAGUUCUGGAAUGUCCACAGCAAAUUUGUCAUCAGAUGAGGAUCUUUUUUUUACACAGACAUUCCCAACUUCUCCAAAAAAAACAACUGUUCCAUCAAAAUCCCCGAAGAAAAGCAAGAAGAAACAUAAGGUGUCUAAAGAUGUGUCAGUGGAUUCGCCUGACAGUUAUGUGACUGCGCUGACCUCUGAUACACAAGAAAGUUAUGUAAGUGCAUUGUCAGAUCAGCCUAUCAGUGACACCAGUGGUAAGAAAAAAAAAUCACGCAAGAAAGAUAAGCCACAUUGUGAAGACAUUACACAUUCUAGCAUCUUACUGGACAGUGACUGUAAACAGCUGGAACAAAUGGGUAGUUUGUCUACAGGUGCUGAAAUGAUUGGGGAACUGACAAGCCCUAAAAGAAAGAAAUCGUCUAAAAAAUCAAAGAAGCUCAAAAGAUCUCACCAUAUGUCUUCUAUUGAUGAUGAUGUGACACCCAUGCAGUCCCCAACAAAGAAAGUUCGAUUUAUGGAACAGGGUUAUGAAAACUUGAAUGAAGUCUUAAAAUCAGGUGGUAAAACAACUCCUUCAGAGGUAGAAUCAUCAGAAAUAGUUCAACAUGAAAACUUAGAGAAAUCUGCAGAUGUUGACAUCAGUUUAAUUGGUAACAGGGCGAAAUAUGAGUUUAAAACACCCGACCACUACAAAUUGAUGGACUUGAAACACUGCUUUACAAAGUCAGAACUCCAAGGCAAAAAGCUGUUUCUUAUUCAAGCUCCUAAACAGUUUGAUUUCACCACCCUGGACAAUCAGAAAAUCUCUCUCAGCAGUACAAGUAUUAUUACUAAUAACAUGGUAGAGGGUAAACAAUUUGAAGUGACACCUAGGGAGUAUGAUACCAAAAAAGGAUCAGGCAUUUACAGCAUGGUAGUUGAUAAAAACAGCUUGACUGUAGGUGAGAGCAUUCAAGGUCACCUGCAGAUCACAGACUGGUAUCCAGGCAUUCCUCCUGUUGUCUUGGAUAAGACAUUGCCAAGGAAACACAGAGUGGAGGGCAUUAACAAUGUUGUCAACACAGAUGAUGUUGUUGGUUCCAAGAAUGUAGAUACUGAAGAAGUGAGUUCCAAGAAACAGAAAAAGAAAAAAAAGAAAGAGAAAAAGAAGGAUAGGAAAAAAUAAAUAAUUGUUUUAUUUGUUUGUAUGAUACAUCAAAAAGAAUACAAGCUCUGUUAAAAUGG